UUGCACUACAACAGUUCCUGGCAAAACGAUUCAAACCUUCAACAGUGAAAGUAUUAUUUCGUUUUAGUACCCGCAAAGUGCCGUAUUCUUAACACCCGGUAUUGCAUUUUUUUUUUUAUCGUUUUUUGCCAUAUUUUAAACGGGUGGUUGAGAAUCACCGAAGUUCUUCAACCGUUUUCAGGUACUUCGACGCUCAAAAACCAUACAUCAUAAUAUGUAUAUCAAACUUCUCUUCUCGGCGUUAACAAUCACGGCGUUCACGUCGGCACGCCCACAGCAAUUGCCGAUAUCUCUAGUGCCACCCAUCCAACAGGGUUUCGUAGCAACACCACAAAACAACGCCAUAAAUCUUUCAAUCAAUUCUAUCGGCAAGCCAACCAAUCCAAUUGUGGUUGCCGCGUUUCAGAGGGAUGCUUUGCUGCCUCCGCAUAUGCAAAAUUCAUUUUACAAGAAUCCUAAGAUUGCAGAAAAUUUAGCCCAGAACAGUUGGUUCGGUCCUGGAGAGCAACACGCUGUCAACAGGGAAACGGAAAAGAUCCCGAGAGAGAAAAUCUUUAUCAUUCUAAAAAACGCGGGACUAUUACCCACGCCUUGAUUUGGCAUCAUUAAUUAACAUGAUUAAUAUUAUCAUUAUUAUUUAAUACUAUUAAAAUAUAGUAUACKUUAAAUAACUGUACAUUUUAUCUCAUCUUUGUAAAUAGAAAAUAAUUAUUGUAAUAUCAUAUUAGAAUAAAUCAUUAUAUUUUAUCUUUA